AGCAUUCGUCCUUCGGCUCGGGAGGUCAAACCUUCCCGGGGCACCACCAGCCAUGAACAUCUUCUUCCUCUCCAAGCGGCCCAAGCAGGCGGCGCGCUGGCACGCCGACAUCCACGUCGUCAAGAUGGUCGUCGAGACAGCGCAGCUGCUGUGCAACGUCCACCACCGCGCCCGAGAGGCGAGCUCCCACUGCCUGCCGCCCUACACCGCGCGGGCGAGGAUACCGUACCAGGACUCGCGGUCUGGCCACCGCCAGCUGGGGCCGAUGAUCUGGGUCUCCGAGUCUCUGGGGAACUACCGCUGGGCCGUGGCCCUGGGCCUGGCGCUCUGCCGCGAGUACGAGCGUGGCCGCGGCAGGGCGGAGGGGCGCACCGACCCGCACCGCACGCAGGCGGUGCUGGAGUGGCUGCAGCGGCACGAGCCGCACUUCAAGCGCACCCGGCGGACGGCCGUGCAGCUGCGCCACCUGGCGAUGCCGGACAGGUUCAAGUGUGGCGACGCCGUGGAGGCGUACCGGGCGUACUACCGCUCCAAGGCCAGGACCAUGCCCAUGCGGUGGAAGGGCGCGGCCCCGCCGUGGUGGCCGAGCGCAGGCCGGGCGCCGGCGCGAGCGGCACGCCUCUCCGAGGCGCAGGCCUCGCGCAAGCGCCGGCGCCCUGCGGAGUGACGGCGGCCUCUCCGUGCCUCCGCUCCGCUGCGUCGACGCUGCCAGCGUCUCGGCGCUGCCGCGUCUGUCGGGGCGACUCGGCUCCGCUGGUGCCGUCGUGGCUCGGCCCUCUCGAUUCGGGGCGUGGCUCGGGAGCGGUGCGUCGAAGUGACCGAGGAGACGUGGAGCCUGUACCCAACGGCUGGGAAAGACUAGAUGUUUGAUGAGACGCGCGGCAAGUGGAGCAGUGCCACGAUUUAGCGUCUUCGUGUCGUCUCCCUGUCCAGCUUGCUGGCGCUCGUUCUGAUUUUGAUGUGUUGCUUCAGUUUGAUUCGUAACUGUACAGACGAAAUUGCUGGGAGUGUUUUUGACGUUGUUUGUCUGCCCACGGCGUUUCUUUUCGCGGACCCGCCCACAGAGCAGGAUGUCUCCUGCCAGGUAGCCCCGGCACGCCGAAUGGUCGGCGGCCUGACGCGUGCGAA